AUGACUAGACAAAUUGAUAUUAAAGCAAUAAUAUCACAUAUCUUGUGCGGUGAUGGAUUAGAUAAAUGCCGUAUUUGCAUGGGUAGUACUCAAGAAGGUCAAGUUUUCUUGGGAGACACGGUCAUGAAAGAUGGAGGAAAAUCAGUCACAUUAGGAGAGAUCCUUCUAAGCAUAACGGGAUUACAGAUGCAUUUCAACGAAGAUGUAUGCCCAAAUGGUGUCUGCGCAGCCUGCACCAAUCUAGCAAUAUCUGCUUUCCAAUUUCGAAUAUUGGUGAGACACUCCCAAAAUGCAUGGAGCAAUUGCUUCAAUUCUAUCAACUUUAUUGACGGAGAACACUGCCCGCAGUCCACAUAUCUCAUAUUUAACGACAACCUUACAUUGCAAAGCAUAAAACACUUCAAUGGUGACAUGAAGAGUUACGUCAAACAUUUCAUAAAUAAACCAAAGAUAUACCACGAGAAACCAGAGAAAAAAGAGAGGAUAUCCAGGAACGGCCCGAAUUGCGUAUGCAGCGAUUGUGGGAAAGAGUUUCACAGUCCGUAUUAUUUAAAUUUACAUUUGAAAAACAGCAGUCUCAAGGAAGCGUGUUGGCUCUGUGCGAGGAUGUUUGCGAGGGGCGGAGAGAUGAAGUCACAUUUGCUGCACGUACAUAAGAUCGAAAUGAUUGUGUGUAAUGAUUGCCCGUUGCUUUUCAAAAAUGAGGCCGACGCAAAGGCUCACAUUAGGAAAUGCCACUCCGGGAAUGCGUAUACCUGUAUUGACUGUGGGAGUACGUUCAGCAAACGCGCCUCCCUGGGCUAUCAUAGCCAGAUGCACGCUGUACGGACAUGCAGAUUAUGCGACGCACAGUUCGCCAAUAGAGGCUGCUAUAGAUACCACAGAUCCAAAUGCGAACCGAACGCGAAACCUAACCUUAAAACCCUACCACGGAACAAACGCUCCAAUGUUCGCGAUCCAGCGAGGUUUAUUUGCGAUUACUGUAAGAAAGUCUACCCAACACGGCCUCAGCUACAGAAUCACAUAAUUUGGAUUCAUAUGGACAAAAGGCCGCAUCAGUGCCAGUGGUGUGGUAAAAGGUUUUACACCUCCGCUCGUCUUUCGGAACACAGCGUCGUUCACACGCGGGAGAGGAAGUUCGCCUGUGACAUUUGCGGCAUGAAACUUGUGUCCAAGAUGGCUGUGGUGUACCAUAGACGACGGCAUACGGGUGAGAAGCCGUACGAGUGCGAGGAUUGUGGGGAGCGUUUUUUAUCUUCGUCGAGAAGAUCAGAUCACGUUAAACGGAAGCAUGGGAAGGGGUUGAAGCUGGAGUGUAGCUUUUGCAAGACUGCGUUCGUAAGGAAUCAUGACCUACAGAAGCAUAUUAAGAAAAUGCACUGGUUGGAUGAAAGUGAUAUGAAAAGUGAUGCGAAAAUACAGUCUUAG